UCAUAUUUGCGUAUUAGAUGUAAACAAUAUGAAGUCAUUGAAAUGCUUGAUAGUAGUACACAUUAAUAUACAUUUAGAAGACGUAGAUUGACAUCGAUGAACAACUCAGCAAAGUGAAAACAGACGAUGGUUUACGUCUCACCUGGAGGUCAAGUUGUUGACUCCCAGUCUCCAUGGAGACUAUCCAUUAUUCCAGAGGUAUUCUGGGGGAUCAUCAAUUUUAUCGUAUUGUUCUUCAGAACAUUAGUGUCACCGUCACUGACUAGAAAUGGAACUUCACACUCGACAGAUUACAGAUCAGGAGGUGGAGGACCACCCCCUCCACCACGAAGAAGAAUGGGAGGGUUCCGAGGAGGAGGAGGAGGUGCCCCCAGCCCCCCACCUAUGGGAGGAGGAUGAGGAAGGUAAACAUCCAGGAGCCAUGUGACAAAGAGACACAUUCUGAUUGGCUGUCUGGAUGCCCUAUGUGAAAGGCUGUAGUUUGUAAUGGAAAAAACAGUUUAAAAAUCUUUUUUGAAACAACAAAGCAUGCUUCAGUUGAUUUGAAGUGUUUCAGUAUUAUUGUAUGUACACAAUACAGUAAAACACGGUUAUAGCGAACCUGUAAGACUAAUGAAAAACAGUUCGUUGUAAGUAAACUUCGUUAUAUCCAAUAAUUUUUUUGUUUUCCUCUAGUAGGGAAAUUAAUAUCACUUCACAAUAAGCAUGAGUUCAUUAUAAGUGUGUUCAUUAUAGGUGUGUUUUACUGUACAUUAAAUUGUCAUUAGUUAUUUUAAAAAGAGGCUGCAUGGCCUCAUAUUUUUCCAAUGGAUAAAAAAUUUCUACAAAGGUGAUAAUAUGCCUGUGUGCUGAAUUAACAUUUGAAAAAACAUUUUGUUCCAUCAUAAUACAAGAUUUUCAACAUAAACACAUAUUUAUGCAUUCAUGUACAGACUUUUAAGCCAUUACUAACUUCAGCCGACUCUGACUUUCACAUGUAUAGCGGACAAUGUUGAUGUCUGUGUAUGACAAGUAAUCCAUAACCUCCAGUUCUGAGUUGGAUAACUUUGAGUGUAAAUACUUGAAAGUCAGAGGAAUUUAUUUUGGUUCACUUGUUUUUAUAUUGAACUUACACUUGCUUUAAACUGAUUUAUAGUAUGGGUUAUUUAUUUAUACAGUAUGGGCACCUGUGUGUUCCUAUUGCUGUGUUUUUGGUAUUGUUGAUAAAUGUUAAAAUCAUGUCAUCAGCAUUCAUUUCAUCAUUUCAUAAGAUGUAUGUAUCAUACUGGAUGUCACUUUAUCAAAAUAAACAUACAUCAGUACAGUCA